UUUGUGAAUAAUCUUGCGGUCUCACUAAUCACUCGUCCGACCUCGGCGGUCCGUAAACAUUAUUUACUCGGUUUUCGGCUAAAUCGCCAGCAAAACGCAACGGAAAAUCGUUUAAAAUGCGCUCCAGUGCACCGAGUUCGAACGCAAAAUGAAUUGAACAUUCUUCCAGUGCUCAACAAUCUGUCCGUGCGAGCGCGCGCGUGUGUGUGUGCGAAGGAAAUCCCCAGCGCCACCGCGGAUCGAGAAAGUGGAUAGAACGCAGAAGGCAGAAAACAAAAGGCAGCGAGCACCGACAGCGAAAACGCAACGCCAGAUAACACACGCGACGGGACGGGCGGACGAAAGCAGGGAACGGAGGUGGUAGUGAGAGGCGAGCGCCAGGAGAAAGGAGGAGAGUGCAAGUGCGAGGGAGCCAGCGCAGCAGCAGCCGCGUGAAUAAGUCAGCGGAGCACCCGCGGUCGUUCCUCGGGUUUUUCUGGCCAAGUUCGCUUCUGGAGCGCACAGCAUGCAAAAGUCAGUGUCCCGUGUGAAUCGCCAGCACAGGAUGUGCGCCAGCAGUUGAUCGGCCAGGAUAUACCACACAGAACGCGAGUUCAACAAGCUAUCCAAGGAUACACACUCACACAUACACAGCGCCCAACCACCCUGCACCCACACUCCUCAGCACGAUGAACACCAGCCAGACAGCUGCCGGCAACCGCAUCACGUUCACCAGCCAGCCGCUGCCGAAUGGUACCAUCAACAUAGCCGGCAAUCCCGGCGCCGUCAUCUCGACGGCCCAGCUGCCGAACACCACCACCAUUAAGACCAUCCAGGCGGGGAUUGGGGGCCAGCACCAUCCGGGACUGGCGCAGGUGCAUCAGGUGCAACAGCAGCAGGCGCAGCAGCAGACGCAAUCCGUAGGUGCCACCCAAACACAAACCCUAGUUAUUAAAUCCAACCACCAUGCUGUCACCCUGCCGGCGGGUCUAGUCUCAAGUGCACCAGCAGGAAUCGUAACCAUGACCAAGACCAUCAAUCAGGCCGGUCAGCCGCUGCUGAACUCGAUGCUGCCGGCGGGCGUGGUGGUGGGCAUGCGCCACCAGGCGCCAACGCAGCAGCAACAGAAGAAUGUGCCCACCAAUCCGCUCAGCCGUGUGGUGAUCAACUCGCACAUGGCGGGCGUGAGACCGCAGAGUCCAUCGAUAACUUUAAGCACACUAAAUACGGGCCAGACCCCGGCAUUGCUGGUCAAGACGGAUAACGGAUUCCAGCUGUUGCGCGUGGGCACGACGACGGGUCCGCCGACGGUGACACAGACCAUAACCAACACCAGCAACAAUAGUAGCAACAACAGCAACACGACAAGCACUACAAAUCAUCCCACAACAACACAGAUUCGUCUGCAAACUGUGCCGGCUGCAGCUGUAAGUAGAUACCAACAACAACAACAACAACAACAGCAACAUCAGCAGCAGCAGCAACAACAGCAAGCCACCAGCAGCAGCAGCACAGCCAGCACUAGCAUAGCACUGCGCAAAACGAUUGUCCGUACAUCAUCCACCACAGUCCCAUCCAGCAAUAAUAAUAACAAUAAUAACAGUAUUAUCAAUGCCACCACCACCACCACCAACACCACCACCUCUACCAACAACAACAACAACAAACCCGCUACUAACCAACAACAGCAGCAACAGCAGAAGCUCCAACAGCAACAGCAGCAUCUCAAGGCCCAGCAGCAGCAACAUAAACAGCAGCAACAGGCAUCCGCUGCGGCUGCCGCUGCAGCAGCUGCCGCCAAUGUGGCGGCCACCAUAAAGAUUAAGCAAAACUCUCUGACCAACACCACCGCCUCCAACAACAUAAUUGUGAAUUCGGUGGCCAGCGGCGGCUAUACGAACGCAUCGCAGCCGCCGCACCUGACCCAACUGAAUACGCAGGCGCCGCAUCUGCCGCAGAUAACGCAAAUUCAAACGAUACCAGCCCAGCAGCAGCAGCAGUCGAACAAUGUGAGUGGCGCAACCACGGGCACAGCAAGCACAGCGGUGAGCAGCAGCACGACGGCAGCAGCAGCGGCGACGACGACCACGCAGCAGGGGAAUACCAAAGAAAAGUGUCGCAAGUUUCUAGCCAAUUUAAUCGAAUUGUCGACACGGGAACCGAAGCCGGUGGAAAAGAAUGUGCGCACCCUCAUCCAGGAGCUGGUCAAUGCGAAUGUGGAGCCGGAGGAGUUUUGCGACCGCCUGGAGCGCUUGCUCAACGCUAGCCCGCAGCCCUGUCUGAUAGGAUUCCUCAAGAAGAGCUUGCCCUUGCUCCGGCAAGCGCUCUACACCAAGGAGCUGGUCAUUGAGGGUAUCAAACCUCCGCCGCAACAUGUGCUUGGCCUGGUUGGACUUCCUCCACAGUUGCCGAAAAUCCAAGCGCAAAUCCGUCCGAUCGGCCCCAGCCAGACAACAACCAUUGGACAGACGCAGGUGCGCAUGAUAACGCCAAAUGCCUUGGGUCAGCCGCGGCCCACCAUUGGCCACACGACGAUAUCAAAGCAGCCGCCCAACAUCCGACUGCCUACGGCUCCACGGCUGGUCAACACGGGGGCCAUUCGCACCCAGAUACCCUCCCUACAAGUGCCCGGACAGGCGAACAUUGUGCAAAUUCGUGGACCCCAGAAUGCCCUGCAACGCACGGGAUCGGUGCAGAUCCGUGCCACCACCCGGCCGCCGAAUAGUGCCCCCAGCACGAACAAACUCACUGCCGUCAAGGUGGGCCAGACACAGAUUAAGGCGAUUACGCCCAGCCUGCAUCCGCCCUCGUUGGCUGCCAUCUCGGGCGGGCCGCCGCCCACACCCACGCUAUCUGUUUUAUCCACGCUGAACUCUGCAUCGACCACAACGCUACCGAUACCAUCGCUGCCCACAGUGCACCUUCCGCCGGAGGCUCUUCGGGCCCGUGAGCAAAUGCAAAACUCGCUGCACCACAACAAUAACAAUCACUUUGAAGCGAAGCUGGUGGAGAUCAAGGCCCCAUCUUCGCUGCAUCCGGCCCACAUUACCGCUUCGCUGACGCCAAUUGGAGCCAAAACGACAAUGGCAAAGGCAUCGCCGAUGAUCGGCAAGGCGGCGUUGAAUAAAAAGAAACGUGACGCAAUGGAGGAUGCCAAGAUGAACAGUGCGGGUGGAGGAGCGGCAGCAGCGGCAGCCAACUCGUUCUUCCAGCAAAGCUCCAUGUCCUCGUCGAUGUACGGCGACGAUGAUAUCAAUGAUGUGGCUGCCAUGGGUGGCGUCAAUCUGGCGGAGGAGUCGCAGCGGAUACUCGGCUGUACGGAAAACAUUGGCACCCAGAUACGGUCCUGCAAGGACGAGGUGUUUCUCAAUCUGCCCGCGCUGCAGGCUCGGAUACGGGCCAUAACGUCAGAAGCUGGUCUGGACGAGCCGGCGCAGGAUGUGGCCGUACUGAUAUCACACGCCUGCCAGGAGCGACUAAAGAACAUCGUUGAGAAGUUGGCUGUGAUAGCGGAGCACCGCAUUGAUGUUAUCAAGUUGGAUCCUCGCUACGAACCUGCCAAGGAUGUGCGCGGACAGAUCAAGUUUCUGGAGGAGCUCGACAAGGCCGAGCAGAAGCGGCACGAGGAGCUGGAACGAGAGAUGUUGCUGCGGGCGGCCAAGUCGCGGUCACGAGUGGAAGAUCCCGAGCAGGCCAAGAUGAAGGCGAGGGCCAAGGAGAUGCAGCGUGCGGAAAUGGAGGAGCUGCGUCAGCGAGAUGCAAAUCUGACGGCGUUACAGGCGAUUGGACCACGAAAAAAACUGAAGCUGGACGGGGAGGCAGCCAGUGCGGGAGUGGGUUCGAGUGGCGGCGGACUGCUGAGCAGCUCGGGAUCUGCGCCAACCACGUUACGGCCGCGCAUCAAGCGUGUGAACCUGCGCGACAUGCUCUUCUAUAUGGAGCAGGAGCGCGAAUUCUGUCGCAGCUCUGUGCUGUUCAAGACAUACCUCAAGUGAUCGUCGUCCAUCAUUCGCAGAAGCAGCAGCACCGUCUUCUCCUCCGCCGCCUUCUCCCUCUCCCCGGCCUGUCGUCGUUUCCAGCUUUACGAUUUCAUCAUCCAUUUGCAAUAUACACAAUAUUUUUUUACAUAAUUUAGCCUCAAAUUUAACUGCGUCGCGUCGUCCCUUCGUUGUUGUUUUAUUCUUUUUAGAUAGGCGACCCCCCUCUCCAUUUUAUAUAUUUACCUUACUUAAACCAUAACUUGUAAUUUUAAGACUUAAAGUUCGUUUAGUCCCCCUGCCUCUGCCCCCAAUAAAUUGUCUGUAAAACUCAAACCAAACCAAUCCAAUCCAAAAACAAACCAAGAAAACCACGGUAACGUAAAAGUGAAGAGUUGAAAGUAAAAACGAAGUGAAAAGUAAAGUAAGGAGAACGCGCAGUCAGCGGGCGUUUAAAAUGUAAUUAAAAAGUAACAUAAAGUUUGCAUCAACUGCAUUGACGGCCUUAUCUAAACGAUAUAAACAUAAUUAUUAAUAUAUUUAAUUAUUUUAGCUUAGUUUGUUAAACGAAAACCGAGCAUAAUUCCUAGAUGUAAGCGAACGGAGAGGUACAGCGCUCGCAGCAGCCACAGAAACCGAAUUGCAAAGAAGAGAAAAUGGUUUUUAAAACCGGAAGUAAGGAUCGAAGCAAGUUUAGCAAGAAAAACAAACAAACAAAACACACACACAUCAAAGCAAAGGCAACAAGAUAUGCAUAUUUAAAACCUACAUUGAAUUUAGUUAAUACUUUCGUAACAAAAAAGGAAAAGCGAUGUAAUUUGUAAUUAUCAUUUAAUUGUUUAAAACGGAGAACCUAAAUCGGUAUGCAAAAGAGAAAACCAAUUGUACAUACAGGCUAGGCUAAGAUUUUUCAAAUAGUUUAACUUAGGUAAAAACGCAAAGGCAUAAUUAACGAAUUCUCUAUGGCGAGGAGCGGGCGCUGCACUCCGAAAUCAAAUAUGUUCUUAUUGGCGGCGCUCUCGAUCAUCCAACAUAUAUUAUUAUUAUUCUGAAACACACGGUUCACUAGACUAAGUGCGAGGUGCAUUAUGGUUUAUGUGCAAACUGACCAAACAAACACAUUGGCGUCGCCCAGUCCCCCUACCCGAACCUUAUACAAAAUAGACAAAUUUUAUACACCUAGCCAGAAGAUAAAUCUUGUAAAAUAUACGCCCCAAAAUAACAUAAAUCGACAACAAUUGAUGUAAUUCAGCAAAACUCUAAGCUAAACAAAAAGAAAAAAAAAGAAACCAGAACAAUUCUAACAAAUUCUUUGUGUGUAAAUGAAAUUAAAUUGUGAACAGCAAACAAAGCAGUGGGCAAAUGCAUCAGUAAACACAGCGUAUAGUUUGAUAGGCAUAUAACUGAAUAUAUAUAAUUAUAUAUAUUAUUAUUAUUAUUAUGUUUUAACAUUAAGCAACAAAAAAUAAAAGCAAAAUGCAGAAAACCCAA